AUGCAGGUAAAGUCUGCACAUGUCUUCAGAAUUCUGAACAUUGUGUGCAUGUGUUUUGUGCUGGUAUACGUGUUCUGGUUCUCGUUCUCGCCAAGAACCAACACAGCCGUAAGGUAUCCAAAACCGAACCCAAGGGUGAUAAACAAGUUCAGGACAGUUCGGUCAGAUAGAUGGAUAGUUGUGACUACCAUUUCCUACCCAACUCCGGACAUCAAGUUCCUGGCAAAGAUACCCGGGUGGAAGGUCGUUGUUGUUGGGGACACCACAACACCAAAGGACUGGAGGUACCCUAACUGUACCUUUCUGAGCUUGGACGAUCAGCAUGGACUUGGUUUUGAGACAACCCCACAUCUUCCAGAACGGAGCUAUUCCAGGAAAACAGUGGGGUAUCUGUUUGCAAUAGCCCAUGGCGCUAAAGUUAUUUAUGAAACUGACGAUGACAACCGCCCUCUUGAUUUACUAAAACAUUUUGUUCUGGAUCCAACAAUGUGGGGUCUCCUGUAUAAAGGAGAAAAUCUCUUCAACCCUUACCGCCAUUUUGGACAGCCAACACUAUGGCCAAGAGGCUACCCACUUGGUUCUGUUGGAGAAAAUAUCACUCAAGAGUAUGAGCUGAGUCACUGGAAAACUCCGUCCAUACAGCAGGGCAUUGUGAAUGGCGACCCGGAUAUGGAUGCCAUUUUUAGACUGACCCGGAAACAAACCCAUUCUCAGCUCAAUGUGACCUUUGAUGACCGAGCUCCACCAGCAAUUGUUCCAGCUGGGGUGUUCUCUCCCUUUAAUUCCCAGAAUACCCUUUUCCUCUAUGAUGCAUUAUGGGCUCUCUUGAUUCCAACAACAACCACGUUCCGAGUAUGUGACAUCUGGAGAGGCUACUGGGCCCAGAGACUUCUUUGGGAGAUGGGAGGAAACUUGGGGUUCUUUCCUCCGAAUGCUUUCCAAAAGAGGAACUCACACUCCUACCUCAGUGAUGCAAAGGACGAAAAAUAUCUAUAUUUCCUAACAGAACGCCUUGUAGAUUUCCUAUCAAAAUGGAGAUGUUCUUUGAAUAAGACAUUCUUUGACUGUAUGGUUGAAUUGUCAACCGCCAUGGUCCAAGAGAACUUUUGGCGGGAAAGGGAUGCACGUCUGACGUAUCUCUGGAUCAAAGACCUGAAAGCGCUUGGGUACAAGGAACCGAAAAGAAUUCCAUUUGGUUUACUUAAGGAAGUCGUCGAUGUAAGCUUCAAACACUAUCCCCUUGCUGUGAAGGAAACAGGUGAUAGGCUUCGAUACCCAUGUGAACAGCCACGGGGCCAAACAAAUUCCAAACGGGAGGACACGCCACUGAUAGUGAGUGCCCUCGAAGACAAACCGAAGGAACUUGCGAUGAGCCGGGAAGAUCGGGAUGUGCAAGUACGCAUCCUGGAGAUCCAAACUGACCAUGAAGUCUCCCGGCUUGAUAAUGGUCUUGAGGAGUGCCACCGAUUCCAUGCGAAAAUGGGGCGGAGGCUGCAGAAACCUCUCGUUGAAAAUCUUCAUGUUGAAAAUUAA